CCCGUCUGCGUCACAGUGUAAGGAGAGUUUCUGGGAGCUGCUCGUCUUUCUCCGAGGCUGUGGAAGCUCCGCUCCGGGCAGACAGGAGGAACUGGGAGACUUUCACAGCGGUGCUGAGGCUCCCAGCCUCUGGACCAGACUCGGGGUCCUGAGCGUGUUUCCAGUCAGUCUGCACGGCUCCUGUUUUUGUAAAAGAACGUCAGUUUUUUCUGCAGCUGCCGUCUCGUGAACACUGGACCGCGUGGUGCUUCCUGGCUCUCAGCGCGUUUGCAGACGUGACGAUGAAUCCUGCCCACCUGUGACGAUGGCCUGUCUGCCUCUGCUGCUCUGCCUCAGCUUGCUGCUGCACUCAGAGCUCGCUCAUCCGCCUCCCGCACCUGUUAACCUUUCUGUCGACUCUCUGAACUUCCGCCACGUCCUUCGGUGGAAGCCCGGCGACAACACGCCCCCUGGGACAGAGUACGGGGUCUUUGUGAGUGAGGAAUGGAAUGAGUGGGAACAGCAAUGCAACAUACCAACGCAGCCCCAAUGCAACCUAACAUCUGGAACAUCGAUGCCACUGAUGCUACCAGAGUGGGAGUCCCAGUAUUACCUGCACGUCAAAUCGUUCUUCAACCAAACCUGGUCUCCAGAGUCCGGAAAAAUAGAUUUUGUCCCUUACAAAGAAACUAAAUUAGGUCCUCCAGAGGUCUCACUGGUCGGAUAUGAAAACUACAUCCAGAUCAACAUUUCACUGCCUUGGCCCGAUGACCUGCCAAACUUUCCCAGUAUCCAGCAAUAUUACGGAGCCAGUUUCAGAGUCUCAUUUCGGAUCGGAACCGAUGGAGAAAUUGGGACGCUGGAAACAGAAAAUAAAAGUUUUAUCCUUGAAAACUUAAAGAAAGGGGCGGAGUACUGCAUAGAGGUGAAGCUCAACACCAGAGAACUAAACAACCAUGAGCCGUCUGCCUGGAAGUGCACCUUCACCACGGCGGUGGACCAGCAGAGAGGCCUCACUUUAGGUUUGGUCAUCGGCGUCCCGAUGGUUGCCAUCUUCAUCGUCACGAGCUGCCUGCUCCUCCUCUUCUACACGGGAGUCAUUUGUAAACUGAAGGAAACUGUGCCCAGAGCUCUAAUUACGGCUCUAACCAAAGGCUACGUCCUGGCCCCGCAGCCCACCGUCCCAGAUCCCAUCUCAGUUACCUCGGAGACCGGGGAGCAUAACAAUCACACAACAUCACCUUCUGCCAACAUUGACGAUGGCUCAGAGGACGACAAUGAUGGCAACUAUGUGAACAGAGCAGUGGAUCUCUCCUCGGGGGAGAGCUGCUGCUGUGAGGAGCUGUCUGGCAACAUGUCAACGAACAGCGAGCCAACGGCAGCACUGGACGCUGGAAGCUCAAGGUUAUUUGCUAAGGUGAAAGUAACGGCGCUGCCUGCAGAGUCUGACGAAGGCCAGGUGGAGACGGAGGUGGAGGGAGCGCAGCUCUGUUUGGUGAAAGAGAGGAGUCGAAGUGGAGUCUGGGGACAAAGUCAGGACGAGGAGGUGACGAAGUCCAAAGAGGACAAGGAGGUGCGGGACAUCUCCGGCAAUGUCAACCUGUUCUCAGUCACCCUCGCCUCAAUGGCUGCACGCGAUGGAGAUGAGGAGGACGUCACAGGCUUUUUGAAAGAGUCCAGCCUGGAGGGUUUACCUGCCACAGACUCACAAACUGAAUCAGAUCACCUGACACCUCAAGUAUUCCCGACACACACAGACCGCACUGCGAGCAGAUGUGAAGGCAACAGCACGGACACGCUAACUGAAGAGGAAGAGGAGGAGUUCUCGCCCUAUUUGAGAAACAGAUGAUACUGAUGUGUGCUGCUCUGAGCGUCGAUGACUCGCAGGGUCUCCUCGUGUUUGUAGACCAGCUUAUUAUUUGGUGCUGCAGGUCAGAAGAUCUGCAAAUGAACCAGCCGGAUUUUCUGUGUCCGACUUUUUGACUUGUUUGACUGUGAACGUAAAACUGAUGCUGCCAAAUGGGGUCCAGACACUUUUUAAUGUUGUUUGAAAAUUAACAUAAGCAUUUUAAGAAAAUCAAAGGAAACUGUGACAUUUCUCUUUCUAAUGUUCUUCAUUAAAUAUAGAUUUUAAUGUUUGCUUUUCUCCUGGUUUCCAUUCUCUGUACUUCAUAAUUAAGUUUGGGUCAUCUCACGCUGGGUCUCCUCUGUCUCAGACAAACUGUUUUUGCUGCAGUGACUUUAAAACUGUUGCUUUCUGAUUGGCUGCCCCUUGUAAACAGAAGCUGGCUGGAGCUUCUGAGAUGACCAUAUAAGGGUAUACCCUCCCUCUGAUAUAAUAGAGUCUCAGGUGUAGAAAAAACUGUCUGCAGAAGAGCCUUUGACUCACUUGUUCAUACAUUGAGCAAUGUUUCAUAUAAACAUCCAUGGCUGGAACAGAAGAUACGUGAACAGAAAUUAGCAGAAAAAGAAUAAUGUGAUAAUUAUUACAUUUUAUUUUUUAAUAUUUAAAAAAAAUGAGUCCUUAAUGAUUUUUCCAUGCUACCUUACAUUGGUGUCGUGGGUUUAAAAAUUUGACUUAACUCAAAAUUUUGAUUUAGUAAAUUGAAAUUUUGACUUACGUACCUCACAAUUUUGGGAUCAAACUACCAACCUUCCAAUUAGCAGAUGAACUGCUCUAACACCUGAGCUACAGCCACUCUACCCCAUGCUAAUAUUGUUGCUAGCCAAAUCAUAAUGCUAGUGGAUUUCCAGAUUACUUCAGCAGUAUGACUGUUGACAUUUAAUAAUGUAAUCGGACUAAGCAAAGGUCUGCAGUGGUUUGUUGCAGCAGAGUUGUAACAUGAAGGCAGUUUAUUCCUACAUUAGAAUGUAAAUGGGAACUUUGUAAGGGCAAAGAUGGGGGUUAGCACAACUUCCAGAGGGUACAAAAUCAGUUUAAAGGCUUAUUUUGAGACAAACCUCCAAACCUUUCAAUCACAUUUGACUGCUGAUGUUAUUUGUGUGGUUUUUAUGUGACCUCUGGAGUUACGGUUCAUUUAGAGAAAAGUCACAGGUAUAUAUCAGCCUUUUGUUUUUUAGUGAAGCAAGAACAAGGAUUGAUGUACACAACAUGGCUACAAGAUAUGCACUUUCAAUCAAAUAAAUAAAAUGAGAACUUACUAAA